CCUGAAAGUCAAACACUUCUUAUCAUUUUUUAUCAACUUGUAUUGUAAAACAAACGUACAUAAAAAUUGAAGGCGCUUUUCAAAGAGUACUUUAUCCUAUUGCAAUUCUAUGAAUAUAAAAUAGCAGAAAAUAAUUUUGUUAAAAUAUGACAGAACUACAAGGAGAUGAUUGGGACUUACCUUGUUCAGACGACGAGCUCUCCAAAGCGGGAACAACUAUCGGUAAAAACUGGAUAGUGGAGGCCUCUGAGCUAGAAGAGCUUUAUAAUAAAAUAGACAAAAACGGCACUUUGUCUUUAGAAUGGAAAUGCCCUGGCAGGCGAGCGCCUUCUCCCGUCGAUGUGAAAAAAGAAGCUAAAAUCGAAGUACCGCAGUCACCAGUGAAGGAAGAGAAAUCUGAUUUUGAUUUUAUGGAUGAAGUUAGCUCGCUUAGACUGCGGGUGAGGCGGGAAGGCGAGGACACGUUGCGUGGGUCAGCUAAGAAGAAGACUACAUCAUUUGAUGGUAUUUUGUCGAAUAUGAUCAGGCACAAACGGAUAGAGCAAAUGGAGAAGCAGGCAAACACCCCCACCACAUCGUCUUCAAGCUCUUCUUGACCUUUUCAGAGUAGGAGAUUGAAUCUCCGGAAAACAUAGUGUCUUGUCAGGCUCAGAGUAUAUUCUGGCAAAAUAGUUUAUUUACUUAUAAUUAAUAUUGUCUAAUUGAUUAUUUACUAAAGUUAAACAUAUUUGAAAAAAUAUUAAUGUUGGAAGAGAAAAGUCUUAUUUUUUAAGAUUAAGCGACAACAACAAUGUAUAGGGUACAACCUGCAAUUAUUUUUUCAGAAAAUUGCACCUUACAAGGCAACAUACAAGGUGCUAUCUGCUACAAAAAAAAAUCGCAGAUAGCACCUUGUAUGUUGUUGUAGUCGUAAGCUUAGUACCCAAAUGUUAUGCACAUAUAAGUCUGGUGUGAACUUUUAGAUACUUUCCUAUAGCAUUGAGAGUUAUCUUUAUGAAUCUCUUAGAACACACUAAACAUAAAUGGAGCUUC